AUGCCCGUCGAUGAGUAUAUCGCAAUAAAUGUAAGUCUAUUAUCUAAAAAUAUUCUAUAGGCGUCAUAACUAUCACUUUGCCACUCUCUUACAGCACUUUUUGAAAGAAAAAUCUACAAAAAAUUAUAAAUACCUAUGUUCGUAAAAUUCAAAAUUUUAAAAAAAUUUAUUGCCUGAGGGCAUAACUAACACCCCAACCAUUUCAGCCGUACGGAAGACGAUGUUGGUCGUGGAAAUUCUUUGUCGCCGAGGCCGAGGACCGUUCCAAGUGCAUGUUCUGCGACUUUUCCUACCGGAACAACACCUACAAAUUCAAGAGGCAUUUGCUGGUAAGUCACUGUAACCACAAUCUCAUUGAUGACUCUGUGAGUCGCGGAACCCUUUUUUAUCCUAUAAUAGACCUUAAACUAACCUAUAAACUCAAAAAUUGAGGCCAAACUCCAAGUUUUCCUAUAUUAUACUAGCCAUUUGAUAGCCAUCCAAAGUAAAGUCGCUAUUUUCAGACGCAAUGUAAAAAUAUCCCUCCAAAUUUCAAGGACGAGAUCACACAGUUCAACACCAAGACGGAUCACUAUUACAGCACGGCGAAACGGCCGAAUUUCGAGAACCCAAACGAGACGCAACAUUCGGGUGUCUCAACUCUUCCUCAAGAGCCAAAGUACCUUCUUCCUAUGACCGACGAUACUCAAAUCCACAAAAUUUUAUCCUUCAUCGAUCAAAACACCGAGGAGAGAAAUCAACUGCAGGAGUUGUUGGUCAAGGUGAGUUAUCGGUUACCCUUCAUUUGAGGCGGAUCUGGUAUCAGGCCAAUAUUUAUAUCCAAUUUGCAAAUUGGUUGACUAACUAGCCAAAGGGGUUACUCUGUGUUUAUUCACACCUCGUGACCAAGCUCGCGGCCUAGGUUGUGACCAAGGUCAAGGUGGUUGCCCAAAUUGACCCGAAAACGGUGUGAAUUCUUGACUAUGAUGGUCAAGACACACCUUCUUACAGUGGGGGACCUGAUCCAGUGUCAAAAAACGUACCAUUUUGCAUCCGGGAAGUAUCAAAAAUAUGGCAAAAUGUUUCCCUCUCUAAGUGAAAAAACUCCGAUUCCAAAAGCGCGCCCGCUCUUUUCGCAAGGGAAAGGGCCCUUCAAAACGAAGUUCUUUUCACUUGGAGAAGGAAGCAUUUUGCCACAUUUUUGAUACUUCCCGGGAGCAAAAUGGUACGUUUUUUGCCACUGGAUCGGUCCGUCACUGUAAGAAGGUGUGUCUUGACCAUCAUAGUCAAGAAUCCACACCGUUUUCGGGUCAAUUUGGGCAACCACCUUGACCUUGGUCACGACCUAGGUCGCGAGCUUGGUCACGAGGUGUGAAUAAACACGGAGUACCCCCCCUUUGGCUAGGUAGUCAACCAAUUUUGCAACAUUGGAUAUAAAUAUUGGCCCGAUACCCGAUCUUCCCCAAAUGAAAAGUUGCGGAGUUAUCGACCGGUCGACUUUUCAAAACCCAAAACGUCUUGGAACUGCUCUAAAAUGAUCUCAACUCUCAUUUCAGUUCAUUGUAACCUCGAAUGCGGCUCCAGAAGACCUGCAGAAUCCGCAUUUCCGCGAAUUCCUGCAAAAGGUCCAACCAGACUUCAAUUUGCCCUCCAGCGAUGAUUUCAAACGUCUGGUGGAGCAACAAUACGAUCAACUGAAACCGCAGAUCAACAAUCACAUCAAAGAGUCCAAGUUUCUGUCGCUUUCGAUCGAGGAAUCCGAUGAAAACUUGAAUAUUUUCAUCCAUUGCCCCGGCCCAGUCUACUAUGGGAGACUGGCCGUAGAUCAAGUGAAACCGUUCUCGAUUAUGGAGCGAGUUCUGGCUGAUGUUGGAGCGGAGAAAGUGGUUGCCAUCAAGGCCGAAUUAGCCGACAGAUCGGUGUAUUUAGGAGGAAUCGAGAGCUCUUUUCCAUGGAUAAUAUUUGAUGGCUGCAAGGGAUGUCUGAUCGAUGCGACUAUGGAGGAAUUGGUGGGAGUUGGGCUGGUCAAUGAUUUCUGGGCACAAUGCUGCUUUCUCGCGCAAUUUUUGCGGUAAGUUUGGGGUUUUUUUACAAAUUUUGACUUCAAGUUGCCUAGUACAACAUAAAAUUUCUCAGCCAAAGUUGGAAAACUCGACGAUUAGAUAGCUUCAAACAGCCCUUUAGCUCAUAAAUAAGACCCUUGGGCAAGAAAAACAUCUCUGUUCAUUAUUUUUCACCUCUUUUUUAUCAAAUCACCUAGUACAAUAUAGCCCAAAAAAUGCCCUAAAAUCCCACAAAUUCCCCCGUAAAAUACUUCUAGAAGUUCUGUAGACCCAAAAAAAUCACAAUACUAACCACUAAGCUCACGCUUAUCCUAUAUUUUCAACCUUCCCCAUUCAAUCACCUACUACAAUAUAAACCGCUCCAAUUUUCAGCCGUCCAAGUGUCCUCCCUCAAUUCACCGAACAAAAUCCAAGCUUUCUGGAGAUUCCUCUCUUCCCCAAGACCGGUUCCACAGUCUACCGGCUAUUCAACGCCGUCUCCGAGCUUCGCGAUCAGCUGAAUGAGGCGAUUUGGUGGCCGAAACUUCAGGAAGAGCCGGAUAUUCUGGAGGUUCGACAAUCGAUUGUUGAGAAUAUCACAUUUUGGGAUGUGGUUCGCAGUCUGACAAAGUUACUGCGGCCCUUCUAUGAGUUCGAUGCCGGCGGCGAUGCGGAUUAUUCAACGAUGUUGAAGCGGGCAAGAAAAGUGUUGAAGACCGGGCUGGAGAGGGCUCAAAACUUCGAUGCAAAUUGUAAUCAAGCCUUUCAGGAGGUGAGUUAGUCAUUCUUUACUUGAUUUCGAAAUUUGGGCGCUUUUCCCUGAUUUUCAGGGUUUUCGUGGUGGGACCCAAAUUUUAUUCCCAAACGUCAAAAAUCUGAUCCAAAAUCAUUUCAGAUCAUCGAAAGAUCGCUCAAAGAGACUGAAACUGAAUUGGGCUAUGUUUUCGAUCUACUGGAUCACUCAACUCGAGGUGUGGAACUAAGUGAUGACCAUAUGGAUGUGGCCAUCAACUUGAUCACCAACAAAAUCAUGGCCAAUCCCAGUUUGGGCGGCGACGAGAUUACUGUAGGUUCUUAUUAAUUAAAAAGAAAAUCAAUUCUCUAAUUUUACCACUUGUAAUUUCAGAUAAUCCGAGAAAUCGGCGAAUUCCGAGGGCGCACCGGAACUUUUGACGAAAAUCGCCGAAGCUGGUUGAAGAGUCUGAACGAAGAGACGAGCCCCGUGUUUUGGUCCUACUUUCAGAAUAUAAAGCUUGCGACGAUCGCCAAUUUGUUGAGUUAUGUCCCAUUUUCGAGUGCAAUUUGUUCGAAAUGCAAGAAGAAACCAGAGUAAGUGCCGUAUUUUACAACCAAAAAAAAAAACAAAAAAAUUUUUUUGAAUAUCUCCAAAAUAGCAGUCAUUUAUCAGUAAAUGUAUUUUCCAACCUCGCUUUCACCAUUCUACCCUCUUUUCUGCCAUAACCUAGGGCGCAGCUCGCCGAAAACAAAACCUCAAAAAUCGGUGGCCAAAUGGCCAAUUAUGAAACCAACUCUUCUAAUGGAUUCCCAGCGCUCUAUUCAACCUUAAAAAUUCGUAUUUCAGGAUCUCUGAAGAGCUGAACAACAAGUUAAUCUACCUGAAACACAAUCUCCGUCAUGAAGAACGAGAAUAUGCGGAAGAUCAGGAUGGGAAUACCAGUAAUGUCGGGUCGAGUUUGACAGACAAGCUGCACCUUUAA